AUGAAGGUACUUCUCCUUGGGGCUACAGGUAAUCUAGGAUCCCGCAUUUUACCUGCACUCCUGGCACACAAUCACGAAGUCACAGCCUUUGUCCGCAACAGAGAGAAGCUACAGCUUUUGGUACCUGCAUCAAUCAUAGCAAACAUCAACGUUGUUCAGGGCGAUGUCACAUCGCGCAAUGAUGUCGCUGACGCACUCUGCAAUUUUCGCAUUCAAGCUCUUAUAAACGCAGCAGGAGCAGCACCUAUGAUGCCUUGGAACUCCAGCCAGGCUCCGCAGAUUGAGGAGGCCAUUGUACAUGCCUUAAAAGAUGUAGGCUUGGAGCAGCGAAUCAAAAUUCGAAGCUGGUUUGUAGGUGGUAUGCUGCUGCUUGAUGUGCCUUACGCUUCCCAAUAUACGUUAUAUGAUUACUUGCCAUUGUAUCGAGAAGAUGUCCAUAAAUUGUCGUUGCUGGAAUCAUCGAAGCAUCUAACCUGGUCGUGUCUGUGCCCAGGAAAUAUGACACCACGGUCCAAGGCUGUCUCUGAAGUGAAGGAUCAUGUCGAGAAGCAGAGGGAGUUGAAAGGGUUGUUAGCGUCGAUAUCUGUUCCUGCGGGAUGGAAGACAUCCAUUCUCAGAAAGAUGCCUCUGUGUGGAGGAUACCUAGAUGUCUUUAGUAAUUUGCUUUCUCUGCGUAAUUCGGUACAUUUCGAGGAUGUAGCAGAAUUUAUUGCAGGUGAAUUGGAAAACCCAAACCAGCUGUACAUACGCAAAAAGAUUGGCCUCAUAGAAGACGGCGCCGCGCGUGUAGAGACUUAG